UGACCAAAUAUGUAUUGUUGUUUUUGUAGUUUUUUAAGCCAACAAAGCACGUUUGAUGACAUAUUUCACGCAGGUUAACAUCCUACAAAUACCAUCCUUCACCGCGAAGAAAACGUGAUCUACGCAAGGAAACCAUGGCGUUGCCCGAGUCUGUUUGACAGGUUACUCGAAAAAUACGCGACUGUGUUCCGCUGUUCGUCGCCUGUGUCCUAUAGUUGAGAUGUAAAGAUGGGUUCCCGCAUCAAGGAGAAUCCUGAGUCCACCUUCGAGGUUUAUCUAGAAGUAAGCUUUCAAGGAACUCAAGGAACAGGUCCUGAGGUGGUGAGGCAGUUCCCAGUGGACUACAAUGAACAGGAAACCCUCAAGACAGUGCCCAGGUUCUGUUUCCCUUUCAGCAUAGACAGCUUGACAGUUAAUCAUGUCGGGCAGAACUUCACGUUUGUGUUGACGGACAUCGAGAGCAAACAGCGCUUCGGUUUCUGCCGCCUCUCAUCUGGCGCUCACAGCUGCUACUGCAUCCUCAGCUAUCUGCCAUGGUUCGAAGUGUUUUACAAGCUGCUCAACAUACUCGCUGAUUACACGGUGAAAAGCCAGGUCAGUCAUUGGCAAGAGCUUCUUGUUACACUUCAUACCCUUCCAAUACCUGAGCCUGGAGUUCCAGUUAACCUCAGUGUGCAUUCCUACUUCACUGUGCCUGACAAGAGGGAACUACCUAGCAUACCAGAGAAUAGGAACCUCACAGAGUACUUCGUAGCAGUUGAUGUCAAUAACAUGCUCCAUCUUUACGCUAGUAUGCUUUAUGAGCGCAGAAUCAUCGUCUGCUGUAGCAAACUAAGCACUUUAACGGCUUGCAUCCAUGGGUCAGCAGGCAUGCUCUAUCCUAUGUAUUGGCAACACGUGUACAUUCCAGUCCUGCCUCAGCACCUCAUCGACUACUGUUGUGCACCAAUGCCUUACCUCAUUGGAGUACAUACCAGUCUGAUGGAGAAAGUGAGAGGGAUGGCUCUGGAUGAUGUGGUGAUUCUAAACGUGGACACAAACACACUGGAAACCCCCUUCGACGACCUCCAAAGCCUUCCGUAUGAUGUGAUAGCGUCGUUAAAGAACCGCCUAAAGAAGGUAUCCACGACGACGGGGAACGGUGUGGCGCGAGCGUUUCUGAAGAGUCAAGCCGCGCUGUUCGGAAGCUACCGGAACGCCCUUCAGAUCGUAGCGGGAGAGCCCAUAACGUUCAGCGAGGAAACCUUCGUCAGCCAUCGCUCCAGCGCCAUGAGACAGUUCCUGCAGAACGCCAUCCAGCUGCAGCUCUUCAAACAGUUUAUAGACGGUCGGUUGGACCUGCUGAAUGCAGGGGAAGGCUUCAGUGAUGACUUUGAAGAAGAGAUCAACAUGGGAGAAUACGCAGGCAGCGACAAGAACUACCACCAAUGGCUCUUCACAGUCAAGAAAGGAGGCGGGGCCAUCUACAACACAGUAAAGACGAAGGCCAAUCCAGCUAUGAAAACGGUUUACAAGUUUGCAAAAGACCACGCCAGGAUGGGCAUCAAAGAGGUCAAGAGCCGACUCAAGCAAAAGGAGCAUACAGAGAACGGGUACUCCACCGCCGGGACCCCCGUCAUCGACGAGGACUCCACCACCACCACCACUGUGGGAGGAGCGGUCAUGAUGUCAUCGUCGGCUGCACUCCGGCGGGAGGCGUCGCUGCAGAGCUGGGACGACGGCAACCGGCCAAUCACCAUGCACCUUGGACCGGCUCGGCCACCAUUGCUGGUGAAGAGACCUGUCGGUAAUAUCUGCUUGGACAGCCCUGACCAUUCUAUGCGUCCUACGCGCCACUACACAGUCUUUCUGUCUGAGGAUUCGUCCGGGGACGAGCUCCAGCAUGAAGACCACUCAGGCGCUGGUUUCCCUGACAACCUUUUCUUCUCGGUCCCUUUCGAAUGGUCGCCAAUACCACAGCCGUACCGUUCCCUAAAGGAGGCGGAGUCAGCGGAAGGGGGGGAGGAGCCUGGCGUGGGGGCAGAGCGUCACACGGCCCCGUCCAGCCCAAUCACGGAGAAGUUCUCCAACGUGAACCUGCUGGGGGACAUCUUCAACUGCCAGGACGAGCCCGAGAACCCGUCCGUCAGCCUGGCUAAGAGUUUGGAGGACCUCCGCACCCCCAAAAGCUUGGAGGAGCUCCAAGCCAAGUUCACCUACCAGCGUAUGGACCUGAACAUCGGCGAUCGCACUCGCACCCUCCCGGGCCUCAAGUUGACCAACCCUUACAACAAGCUGUGGGGCGUCGGCACGGACGACAGGGCCGCACCCCUAUGGGACCCCUCUUCCGUUGGCCCCAGAACGGCGCCACCUAGACCGCCGCCGCCAGUGCCCCAGAGCCGCGAGACCUCCAGCCCCGGACACGACACCGGCCCGCAGCCUUCCACCCCCAGCCAAGGGAACAUCACCAUCCCCCGGCCCCAAGGGAGGAAGACCCCCGAGCCCUGCUUGUCCCUGGUGCCCCCUGCCGUCCAACCACGCAGCAGACCCCCGGAGGCCGGUAACGGGAUGUCUCGCAGCGGCGGGCAGGAGUUCAGGCACGCACUGGGCAUGAGCGUGGACGAAGACCUGCUGAAGCCCUGCAAGGCCGACGAGAACACGGAAGAUCUGCUGAGCCUUCUGGACCCUCUCAGCAGCAGCUCCGCAGUGGACCUUCGCGCCGUUACCUCAGGCGAAGACCGGGAGGUCAUCGCGCUGUUGCCCUCCGGCAAACCCAUGCUUCCGGCCAGGCCCUAUCCGCCGGGUCUGCCUCCCUUCCUCCCACACCCUUCGAUCUCCUUGAAUCCCUUCUCCGCCACGCUCCAGUACACCUCCCCCCAGACACACUACUCGCCCACCGUGGACCGGAACCCCUUCGGCGUGGCGUACGGGCCUCCCCCGCCCGGCUACGCCGCCGCCCCGACCCCGCCGCACAUGAUCUCCACGCUGCCGGGCUUCUACAGGCACCCGCCCCCGGGCUGCGCCACGCUACCGGCCAGCUUCCGACCGGUGCGACACGCCUUCCCGUCCAUCGUCCCCAGACUGCCCCACUCCUCGGCCAGCAACCAUUCCCUCUCCAGCCUGUUGGACCCUCCGGCCGCUCCCAGUCACGCCAGCAACAUGCUGGGGAAAGCGCCCAUGGAAGCGAGAGAACCGCCAGAUCCCUUCGGGGAACUGUUGACCAUGGUGACCAAGCCCUCGGAGCCCCCCAGGAAGAAGGCGGAGGAUCUGCGGACGAGGUGGGAGACUUUUGACUGAACGUUUGUGGAAGCGUUGCGCUCUUCUUCGUGGCUCCACGACAACUACCAGCAGCAGUUGCUGAUGAAGGACAAGUGAGCGUACGUUUCAGACUUGAGGAUCUGGAGCCCUGUGUUUUUUUCCCCUGCCAACACAAUUUUGGAUUCACCCUGUUUUAACUCAUGACUCUUUGUUAUCCAUCGUUAGGACAAGUCUUUGCACCUAUUGUUUCAGGCUACGUAGUUCUCCACGUAAAAGCUUAUCGUGGAUGUGUAACUUUUAAUAGGCUGCCCACCUUGAGUGAAAGCCCAUAGUUGACAUUAUAGUAUUGAAUCACAAAAUUAGGUUUUUUCUUUUUUUACAUCUGUACAAAAGCUUAUCCACUUAUAUUUAUAAACAACUUAGUGGCACUGCAGAUCAUGCUAAAUAUGGUUCACGGAAAACCUGAUCUUAAUGUCUCAUAGUCCUUAGGUAGCUUUGUGCAAACUUGUGUUUUAUUAGAUCAACCAAAAUACAUUUCAUCGCUGGCUUUCCUCCAUCAUGUGUGAAUAAGUGUGGCCUUGUGUUUGAAUAGAGAAAAAUAACUAUUUUACAUUAACUAAACUUAAUGUAUAAUGAAAUACUUACUGAAACAUUGUUAGCCACUGUUUUUGUGGUACAUCAGUUACUGCAAUUUUCCUCAAAUAUUUUUUAUUGAAAUUAAAAAUUAGUACUUGAAUUUAAAUUCUAAGAUAUUUUUAUGUUAUCAUAAAUCAUGAAUCCCUACCCUUUGCCAAUUUCAAUGUUUUUUUUUCCACCCUGUUAUUUUCCUUUCGCCUUUUUCCUGUGUCUUAUGUUAAGUCUUAUAACUGAACUAAAUGUGCUGGUAAUGUGACUCGCAUUGCCAAUAUAUAUAUUUACUACUGUUUGUCCUUACUGUUUGUCCUUACAAAUGCUACACAAUUAUUUUCAAGCGGCUCCAUUCUGACUUUUAAACACCAAAACAGAUCAAAUCAAUGUCCCGAAAUUGCUGCUAUUUCCUUUACUGCUUUUUAGGUCAUCUCUGGGAUCAUUGUGUGGUGAUGCCAAAAAUCUUGUCGCUUAAAAGUGACUGGAACUGAAGUGUCUUUUAAGGUCAAGCACAUGUGUGAUUGUGUAUAAAGAGGAUGCUGUGUAUGACUGAAGAUCUGUGUUACCCGAAAUGACAUCAUUCGUUCACAUAAUGUUACCACAAUGUUGUGCAAAACAGAAACAUGUGAUGCUGAUUAUUAUUUAUUAUUUCAUCUUUGUAAUUGCUUCAGGAAAAUGUAUAUAAAUUAUAUAUUCUGUCCAUAUUUUGGUAAUUGCAUUUUUUUCUUUUCUUGUUCCGUUAAGUUGAAUAUACCUAUGCUUAUUUUAUGGGAGACUAUUGCUUCUAAAUUAUAUUCUUUAAAGCUAUAAAAACCACUGUCCUACUUACAUUUUUCACACUAUAGCACUGAGAAUUAAAUGGCGUGAAUCGAAAGGGAAAGUGAAAGUGCUAAUUUCACUGUUUUUGCAGUUUCCUCACAAUCAUUAGCAGGCAUGUACACGAUUUUUUUUUUAUUAAAGGCAACAAAGCCAUACAUGAGCACUGAGUCAUCACACGGAUUGUGCAGUUAUUUGCGCUUUAACUCUCAUGAAACACUACAAGCAUCUCUCAAGAAUUUAGAGUAGGCCUAUAUAACCGAUGGAAACUGAUAUAAAAUCCCCCUCCCAAAGAAAUGUGUGUCAAAUCUAUACCCUCAAAUAGGCACUCCUAAUCACACAUUUAUUUAGCUAUCUAGGAGUGAUGGGGACGGACGGACGACUAGAUUCAUGUAUGUAUCGUGAAGCUUUACCUUCGAAAUAAUUGAAUUUUCAUGUAGCCGCACAAAAUGAAGCCACUAAUGAAUGCAAUCGCAUAUUGAUCGUACCGACCUAGAGAGGCGCUGUAUUGUUUUCCGAGUCACGCCCAUCUCAGGCUUCACGACUCAAUUUACAUAUGGAGAUUCCGGGGGAAAUCGACAUUUUUUAAUUAAGUUCCGUUGACUCCCGUACACAAUUUUGUUUGUAACUUCAGCUGGAGCUGAAAUGGAAAGAGCGUCAGGCAGCAGUAGCCCACUCCGUUGAUGAAAACAGGUAGGAACCAAAAGUUCGAGAAAGUUACCAGAAACAAAGACAAUAUUUAGGCCUAGUCAAUUAGUCAGUAGACAAAGAAAAUGCAGACAUCGUAUUACACCUCAUAAAAGAAAACCCUGCAGACAUAAUUUGAAACGUUUUUACCACCAUAUGCUUUUAGUUUUCAGGGGAAAAUUCUCCAAGGACACUAUGCUAACGAUUGGUAGUACCAACGUGAUAACAAAAACGACAACAAUUUCUUGCCUUAUAAACCUCACCAGAUAGUAUCGUAUCAUUAAACCUUUAAUCUUGACCUUACCGCCAACCUCUA